CUGACCGUUUGACAUUUGACAGUGACAGUAAAGUGUCAAAUUGUUGAAGAUGGUUGAUCGAAUUAAAAUCAACUUUCUUCGUUAAUAACUACCAAAAUAAACAAUGAUCUAGAAUAUUUUAUACCAUUAUCGUAAAAACUAUUUGUUCAUAUAUUCAUCUUCUAUAAAAUGGGUGAUAGUAGCGAUUCAGAAGAGUUUUUUGACGCUGAAGAGUUCACACCCGUCAAGGGAUCAAAGAGAUCAUCAAUAUGCAAGAAUAUAAAUGUAACAGACAGUUCCAAUGGAGAUAAGGAAAGAAACCAGACCAAAACAAAUGAUUUACAACCUGUUGCUGUUACCAGCACUCCAGUUUCAGAGAACACAGUUUUGCAAGAUGACAGAAAUACUGUUAAAAAUGUUGUGCAAGGUCGUAAACGAUUUCAAGAGCUACGUCGGUGUAUGCAGACAGAGGAAGAAGAUGAGCCUGACCCUGGUGCCCCUGUAUCAGCUCCGAUGGAACACCCAUUCAAAAUUAUAUCUCAUGAUACGAUGAGCUUGCAAAGUAUGACGUCACUCGGCAGAAUUGGAAGAAUUUUGAGUGGAGUGGCAGAUUCACAUCAAAAUAUUCGUGAAUCGACCUUUGCGCCAUCAGCUUCUUCAAGAGAACCUUCAACUAUAUCAGAUGAUCCUUUGAAUGUGGACAGAAACCAAACAAUUGCGCUAGCGAUGGCGGAGCCGGACGUGAUCGCGAGCACGAAGGCGAACAGCCUGAAGCAGAGCCGCGCCGGCGCCGUCGUGGCCGUCAGCGGCGCCGAGCCGCGCCCCGUCGCGCCGCCGCGCCGCAAGAAGAGAAACAAGCUGCACGGGUCGCAGUCGCUAUCGACGACGGAGGGAGACAACUUAAGCGUAUCGGACUCACACAGGCCACUCGACGAUUUAUUGGUGGAGCCUCUCUCUAAUACAGUGAAUCAAACUAUGUCACUGCCAAGUCCAGCUAGCACAAUAGAGUCAUUGACCAGGGAGUUCCAAGACUCGUUGGAGUUAUCACAAUCCAAAUAUGCAGCGGAUAUGUCAUCACUCAGCGUACACGAGUCCCGUUCAAGCGAGCGCGCCAGCACUUCGUCCAGAAGCAGCACCGCCACCUCCUUGAGGCCUCUACCUCAUCACUCCACGUUAGAUAUUAAAGAAGCCGUUAAAGGAGACUACGUGGUGCGACCACAGGACGAGGAACGGUCGCGCGGUGGGGUGGGAGACGGAGGGGAGGGAGAGGGUGCUGCUACCGGCGGGGGGGCUGGCAACGGAGGGUCCGCCCGCACGCACAGCGAGGGACGACCGCCCACCACCGGCACCUCCAGUCUAGGCUCCGCGACCCGGCGCGGGUCGGGCGCGCGCGCGCGGCGGCGCUCGGCCGGCGACCCCCCGCAGGGCGCGGCGCUGGGCCCGCAGCUGUCCGACAUCGAGAUACUGGAGCAGGUCACCGUGCUCAACCUGGACACCGGCGAACGCAUGCCUCUCAGCGUGGCUGAACACAAGUUACCGCAAUGCAUCAACCCACUAAGUUUGCACAUAAUGCGCCUCACAUCCGAGUACAUCGGACGCACAAACGACGACGAACACACGAGUCCGAAGAGCAAACCAAAGAAUAUAUGGAGGAAGAGAGCCUCGAUCAGUAUAUCAAGCACUUCCUUCAGCCUUUUGAAGCGAUCUCCGUCCACGCCCAUACAACCUGCAAUAUCAAUCCUCAGUAUAGACACUAGAGAAACUGAUGAAGAGAGCGAAAGCGUCUGCGCUGGCGGCGCCGAAGAUGAAAUGAAGGAGAUAAAGAAGGAAGGAACAGACAGACAGACGACCGCCAUCAAGAGGAAGACUGAGAAACUGAUGCGUGCAGAUCUAGUGAAGUGUCAUUCCCAAGACAACAUAAAUAUCAGAUUAAAGCGGUUCUUCGGAAGUACGGUUAAGAAGACCGUGGACGCGGCCAAGUCGCUGGCGCAGGAGGUGUCGCACGCGCGCCACAAGGAGGACGUGGCCGACAUCGCCGACGACGUGCGCGGCGAACACAACAUCAAGCUCAAGGCUUCCAACUCGCACAAGGGCCCGUACGACUUCGACGGAUGCGUUCGUUACGUUCAGGAGAUGGGCGCGGGCGAGGCGGGCGCGGAGGCGGGCGGGCACGCGGGCGCCGUGUGGUGCUGCAAGUUCAGCGUGUGCGGCCGCCUGCUGGCCACGGCCGGCCAGGACCGCCUGCUGCGCAUCUGGGUCACGCGCGACGCGCACCGCAUGUUCCAGGACAUGCGCACGAAAUACAACGCGAAACAGAAGGCCUCCCCUACCCCCUCCCAGGAGUCUCUCGCUUCGCUGGCCGCCCCUCCCCCGUCGCCGGAAGACCAGCCCCCCAUCGGCCCCUCCGCGCCCUUCUGUCCGAAACCCUUCUGUAUCUACUCCGGUCACACUUCCGAUCUUCUGGACGUUUCCUGGUCGAAGAACAACUUCAUCUUGUCGAGUUCUAUGGAUAAGACUGUGAGAUUGUGGCAUAUUUCGAGAGGGGAGUGUCUGUGCUGUUUCCAGCACAUAGAUUUUGUGACCGCGAUAGUGUUCCACCCCCGAGACGACAGGUACUUUUUAUCGGGAAGUCUAGACGGGAAGUUGAGGCUCUGGGAUAUCCCUGAUAAGAAGGUUGCUGUAUGGAACGAAGUCGAUGGCAAAACGAAACUAAUAACAGCCGCGAACUUCUGCCAGAACGGAAAAUUCGCAGUCGUCGGUACAUACGACGGACGGUGCAUUUUCUACACAACGGACCAACUCAAAUACCACACACAGAUCGACGUACGAUCCACGAGAGGGAAGAACUCAACGGGCAGGAAGAUCAGCGGAAUCGAACCGAUGCCCAAUGACGAUAAAAUCUUAGUCACCUCCAACGACAGUCGCAUCCGACUCUACGACUUGAGGGACCUGAACUUAUCUUGCAAAUACAAAGGGUACGUGAACGUGUCCAGUCAAAUAAAGGCAUCCUUCUCACACGACGGUAAAUACAUAGUGAGCGGUUCCGAGAACCAGUGUAUAUAUAUUUGGAAGACGUGUCACGAUUACUCGAAGUUCACGUCAGUCAGGAGGGAUAGGAACGAUUUCUGGGAGGGUAUAAAGGCCCAUAAUGCGGUGGUCACGUGUGCUGUCUUCGCGCCGAACCCGGACCAUAUGAUCAGGAUGAUAAAUGAGAGGGAGGAGAAGAUGAAUGCUAACGCCCACAAAACGAUGGACGAAAAGGAUGAAGUGAAGGCAGCCGAAGGCGGCAUGGUGUCUUCAUCUCAGACGGGUCACGUGCUCGUGAGUGCGGACUUCAACGGCUGCAUCAAAGUGUUCGUGCACAAAGCCAAGCCCAAACACAGCUCGCUGCCCGCCUCCGCUCUCGCUUAAUGUUACAGCCAUACAUGACACGAUACAAGACGACAGCUUUCUGUGGAACUACUCUGCGAACCUGGGCACUCACUUACGGCUGAAGCGUUUGAUGUAGUCAUGACGUCACUGGUGGACUGGAGCCUCGGAUGUGCUCAAAAACUUGAGUCCAAUUCUAUUUUAAAAAAAAAACUUUCAUCCACUCCUUGUCGUUUUCUCGUUACAAUCUCCCGUCGACGUAUUCGUUAUACAGGCUUCCUGCACGCAAAAAAAACUUCAAUAAUGUCAAAACUCACUUGACACAUUAAAUACUUACACUUCUAAGUGAGUACCCGGUAUAAGAACUAAUUUGAAAUUCGACGUCGUACUCGAUUGUGUAUUGUCAGAAGUUGAUACGUAAAAUUGACUGUAAUCAUAUUUAACGUACAAGUAUCAAAAUUGUGUAAAACGGUAAGCUUACAUUUUACGAUCGGUUUGAACGUUCGGAGUCAAAUUAAUUUCUAAGAGUAUCUGCGUUUAUUGAAUAGUCUGUCACACCACGACUUGGUAUUAUGUUUAAGUUAGAUUUUUCUAACAUAUUUAAAGAUUAAAUUUACUUGACAGUCUCUAGUAAACAAUUAACAAAUUCCAAAUAAAAUCCUUUACAUUGUAAAAUGCACAUAAGCUAUAAGUUCUACCUGCGUAGUUAAUUUAACAUCACUUGGUU